AUGGCGACCACCAACACCACCCUGCCCUUCGCGACCGACAGGGGCCAGCUCUUGUUCGCACAGUCGACCCUCAAGGGCAUCGACCUCGCGCUGGGCGAGGAGCUCCAGAAGGCGGCCAUCGCUGCCGCGCCGCCCACCACAACUUCGACCUUGCCCGACCAAGAUCAAGAUGAUCGAACGACGCCCAUCGAUGCCAUCGUGGUCUCGCCUCGCGUCGCGGAAGAGCUCACGCAGGCUGAGGUGAUGCAGGCCGUGAAGGAGGUGCUCGGCUACUCCUUCCCCAAGCCCACUUCGGGACCCGACGACAUCUCGGUCUUCUCGGGCUACAUCUUCGUCGGCGGCAAGCAGGUCACCUGGACGCGACACCUCUGCAAUCGGAUGGGCGGCAGCCGUAUCACGCUCUCGAUGCGAGAAGAAAAGGAUGCGCUGCUGAGCUCCUGUCUCGACGCCAAGACCAUCUUCGCCCUCCAAUGA